CCCGCCAUGCCCCCGAAAAAAGUCGUCCAAGAGGAAGUCCUCGGCCCGUGGUCGCUCGGUCGAUUCUCGAGCAACCUCAAGGUCGGCAUCGUCGGUAUGCCCAACGUGGGGAAGUCCACGCUGUAUAACGCGCUGACGAACUGCGCGAUCCCGGCGGAGAACUUUCCAUUUUGCACGAUCGAGCCGAACAGCACGCGCGUCAACGUGCCGGACGCGAGAUUCGAUUGGCUCGUCGAGCAAAACAAACCCAAGAGCGUGGUGGCGCCGUAUUUAGAGAUUGUCGAUAUCGCGGGGUUGGUGAAAGGGGCGUCCACGGGCGCUGGACUCGGAAACUCGUUUUUGUCGCACAUUAAAGCCGUCGACGGCAUCGCGCACGUGAUGCGAUGCUUCGAGGACGCGGAUGUCAUACACGUCGAGGAUCGCGUCGAUCCGGUGGAUGAUAUCGAAAUCAUCACAUCUGAGUUGCGGGCGAAGGAUUUGGAAUUCAUGAGCGCGCUGAAGGAAAAAACGGAGAAGGAGGUCACGCGCGCGGCGAACGCGAUGGCGGCCAAGGAGCAAAAGCAAGAGUUGGAGACGAUUUGUAAGGUCGUCGAUUGGCUCGAGAGCGGGAAGGAGGUUCGUCACGGCAUGGAGCAGUGGACGUCGAAUGAUGUGAUGUACUUGAACAAGUAUCAGUUGUUGACGGCCAAACCGGUGAUUUACUUGGUCAACCUGAGCCGUAAAGAUUUCGAACGCAAAAAGAAUAAAUUCUUGGUCAAGAUUCACGAGUGGGUGCAGGCGCACGGUGGCGGCACCAUAAUUCCGUUUUCCGCCGAAGUCGAGAGCGAGCUUCAACACGUCGCGGAAGAGGACAAGGCGCAGUGGUGCAAGGACCGAGGCGUGCAAACGAUGCUGCCGAAGAUUAUCACGACGGCUUUCUCCACCGUGCACUUGAUUUACUUCUUCACCGCGGGACCAGACGAGGUCAAGGCUUGGUGCAUUCGUAAAGGAUACAAAGCGCCGCAAGCCGCGGGCGCGAUUCACACCGAUUUUGAGCGCGGUUUCAUCUGUGCCGAAGUCAUGGCGUUUGACGAUUUGAAAGAGCUCGGUUCCGAGCAAGCGGUGAAAACUGCGGGCAAGUAUCGACAGGAAGGGAAAACGUAUACGGUGCAGGACGCCGACGUCAUCUUCUUCAAGUUCAACGUCAGCGGUGCGGCGAAAAAGAAAUAAUCGAU